ACGUUAUUUUGAUUUUAGGACACGAGGAGUGUUUGGGCUGAGUGAUCCGUCAGAAUGAUAACUCCUGCCUUUGACCUGAGCCAGAACCCUGAACACCUGAUCUUCAGCAUCCGGGUCCCUUACACCAGAACCUCAGAGUUCGACCUGUUCAUUGAUGGGACAGACUUUAAGUUCUAUGCAAAGCCCUACUUUCUCAGAUUAACUCUUCCUGGCAGAAUUGUGGAAGAUGGAAGGGAGAAGGCUACAUUUGACAUUGAUAACGGUCUUUUCACCCUUCAGGUUCCUAAAGAAACACCUGGAGAGCACUUUGAAGGACUUCAAAUGCUCACAAGUCUCCUUGCACCAAGAGGCUCCCGCUCAGCGAGACCACUGGUGGAAGAUGUGAGCGUGGGAGCGUGCAGUGAAGGGGCCAGAGAUGAUGAAGAGGAAGAUGAAGAAGAGUUCGACUGGCAGGUUGAACAGGAAGUUUACACAGAGAGAUCUGAAGAAGAGCUGAGCGUCCUGCACAAAUAUGGCUUUGGUAAUCGGAGGUCUGGCGUAUUUGCACGAUUACAGGAGGAACUGAGUGAUGUGAUUGACCUUAAGAACCCAGAAGGAACAUCAGCAGCAGAGCGCCGUCGAGCUCGGCUGGAAGCAGAAGCCUCAGCUUUCUCUCCUGACCAUUAUUUGGCGGAUUUGUAUGAAGACGAUGAGAUAAAUCGGCUGCUGAAGUUCAGGCCGUGGUGGACGAAGCUGAGCGCUUCGACGGAGGAGGAGGAGGAAUGUGGUGAGUUUGUGGCACAGAUCUGA